ACCCAGCCGACAGUGGGCAAUCUGUCCGGUACCCCCGUCCUCUUCUACCCGGUGCCGACACCAUGGCCCUCCGCACCGGGGUGCGAGAAAUACCUGUAUCGGGCCCUCAUGGAGACUACCAUGGUCGCCUACGAUCCCCGCGCCGUAGUCGCUGGAGCCAACCCGGAGGCAUCGAGCUGCUACGUCCCACAGCACUCGGCAUGGCUGGGGCAGAACCCUAACACGACCCCGUCGACGGCGUUGGGGCCGACCUUUGUCUGUCCCGAGGCCUGGAGCGCUGUUCACAGCACCGUCUUGAAGAGCAACUCGGCGGGCGAGACACAGUUUACCUACUGCUGUCCU